AUGCUGCACCUUCUCCCGACGAAAACCCACCCCAGAUUUUCGCUUCUUGAUUCAAGUUCCUCCCUAUGUUCAACGGAGGACACCAGAUAUAGAAAUCGAUCCCGUUUUGUCGACGCACUUGUCAGGUGCAAAGUCUAUCUGACUAGGCCUGUUCCUCUCGCGGGGUUGCGCCUAUGUGUCGGUGCAAUUGUUCCCACUGCGUCGGCGUUGAUACGCGGUGUAUUCAACAUGAGUUGGGGUGACAGAUUGUCCAUUCAAUCUGCUUCGUUAAUGAAGUGUAAUGAAAUGCUGAACACUUGA